GGGAAGACCGAAAACCAAAACCGACAUAAAUCUCCAUAUAGAAAUAACGGCGGCGGCGCUUAACUUUGAUGCCCAUAUAUUUACUGCCAUCGGGUCCUUGAAACUAGCUAGAGUUGCUUUUGCUUUUGGUUGGUCUGUGACUCUCUAAUUAAGAAGUUGCACUUGCACGUAUUCGAAACAGAGAGAGAGAGAGAGAGAGAGAGAGAGAGAGAGAGGGUUUUGCUUAAUUAAUUUUUCAUGUGUAUGCCAAAGGUGGCGAAUCCAAGAGACAAACGCGAGCUUCAUACAGAUGAAGGAGCUGAUAAUAUUGAUCAUGAUGAAUGGUUAUUAUAUCAGCCUCACACACAAAGUGGAAGUGUUGGGCUAGGAGCAACAACAAGAACUUUGCCAAUGUUCUCAGGGCUUAUGAAUAGGGAGACAGAGAUGUCUGCUAUGGUCUCAGCUUUGACUCAUGUGGUUUCUGGGGAUGUGCCUUUUGGUUUGGUUGAUGAGUCUCAUUUCACAUCAACCCUGGCUUCUGCUUCUGAUUCUGCUUCUGGUUCAUCUUAUAUCGGAGUUGGACAAAAGAGAGGAAGAGAUGAGGAUGGUGGUAAAGAUUUGCGGGAACCAUUUACAAGGCUUUCUAGAGCUUUUGGUGACUUUAAACUUGAAGGCUCAUCUAAUUCUGAUCUAACAGCUGAACAAGGCUCGAGUAUUAGGACAAGCACCACAACACCGACACAAACAGCAUCAACUCCAAUAUUCGAAUACAACAGAGAUAGUCAUCCAUCAGAACAGAGAAGAAAAUACAGGGGAGUGAGACAGAGGCCAUGGGGCAAAUGGGCAGCCGAAAUAAGAGAUCCAUUCAAAGCUGCUAGAGUGUGGCUUGGCACAUUUGACACAGCUGAAGCCGCUGCACAAGCCUACGAUGAAGCUGCUCUAAGGUUCAGAGGCAACAAAGCUAAACUCAACUUCCCCGAAAAUGUCACACUAAGGCCUCCAAAUCCCAAUUCUCCAACGACCCAGUUCACCAUUUCUGAUCCUCCAAAUCCCCUUUUGGCCAUUCCAACCGGCUCCAUUUCUAACUCUCAGUCUCAAGCAUUACUUCACCACCACCAUUUGCAUGGCUCUCAACCUUCAUCAAGAAACUUUUUUGACUAUCCCCAUUUCGAGUUUCAAGGGCAACCAAUGAGUCUAUAUGAUCAAAUGAUUUUGUCAUCUUCAAUGGCCUCUCAUUUCCAGUCUUCUCCUUCAUCAAUAUCGUCUUCUUCACUUGCUUCCUCUGUUUCUUCAUCUUCUCCUUCACCACCACCACCUUCACUUUCUCUGUUUUACCCUGCUCCGUCUCCUGUUCACCUUGGACCGGUCACUAGUGCAGGUGCAGCCACAGAAUUUUCAGCACCGGCUUGGUCAGAGACUAGUCAUCAUAGUAGCAGUAGUCAUUCCUCUAAAUAAUUUUUAAUUUUUUUACUUUUACCUUUCUUUUCCUUUUAAUAUUUUCCCUGUAUUCUUUGUUGAUCAGUUAUGAGGUUAUGACUUUUGCUUUAGUUUGGUAUUGAAUAUUGACUAUUGAUACAAAUUUUGUUCA